AUGAUACUAACAGCCCUUAAUAAGUACUACAGAAGUGAACACUUCAAGAACCAAAGACGUGAUCCAUACACCCAAUAUACAAGCCCCUAUGAAAGUGUCUUGUGCACCGAUUAUGUCCAAAGCAUGUACGUCCAAUUGCUGUGUGGGCUUUAUCAACACAAGCAAAUCAACCGGGUUGGUGCUUCCUCGGCUUCAGCUCUACUUCGAGUCAUUAAGUUUUUUGAACUCAAUUGGCAAGAUUUGGUUCUUGACAUUAGAGUUGGAUCACUCAAUCCCAAAAUAACUUACGAGCCACUUCGAGAAUGCAUGGCUCGAAUCAUGAAAUCCGAUCCAGAACUCGCAGAUUUUUUAACCAUUGAGUGCUCUGGAGAGAAUUGGGAAGGAAUUAUUCAAAGAAUUUGGCCUAAUGCAAAGUAUCUCGGUACUAUAAUCACUGGUUCAAUGAUCCAAUAUGCUCCCUCACUCGAUUAUUACAGCCGCGGGCUACCCAUUGCAACUGCCAAGUAUGCAUCCUCUGAGUGUUGCUUCGGAAUUAACCUCAACCCCAUAUCCAAACCAGAAGACGUGUCAUUUACUUUCAUGCCAAACUUAGCCUAUUUCGAAUUUAUACGGCAGGAACAUCAUUCUUCCAAGAUGGACAUCGGUAAUAGUACUGUUACAACUCCUGACCUUAUUAAUCUUGUGGAUGUAGAAGUUGGCAAGGACUAUGAAGUCGUGACUACUACACAUGCCGGAUUGUACAGGUAUCAAAUGGGCGAUAUACUUAGAGCAACAGGAUUUCAUAAUUCGGCACCAAAAUUCAAGUUCUUGAGGAGGAAAGGUGUGCUAUUGAGCAUUGAAGGGGAUAAAACAGAUGAGGUUGAGCUACAAAUGGCUAUGGAUAAUGCAUCCCAAAUGCUCCAAGAAUACAGUGUAAGCUUGGUUGAUUAUACGAGUCAUGCAAGUAAAAAGAUAGCUCCAGGGCAUUAUGUUAUCUAUUGGGAGUUGUCAGUUGGGGACUCGGACAAGAAUGCACAGAGUGAUGAGGUUAUCAGCCGUUGCUGCCAAAUAGUUGAGAACUCAUUCAGCUUAACAUACAAGCGAUAUCGAGCACACGGAGCAAUUGCACCACUGGAAAUUCGUCUGUUAAAGAAUGGUACAUUUCAGGACCUUGUGGAGCUUGCUGUCUCUAGAGGGGCUUCUAUUGGUCAAUAUAAGGUGCCUAGAUGUGUAGAAACUGGACUAGUCUUAGAGUUUCUUGAUUCGAGAGCAGUUUCCAGUCAUUUCAGCCCAUGUUUGCCUUCUCUGGCUUCCGAAGAAUCUAUCUGA